UAACGUGUAUUCGUAUAAUCUGCAAUAAUGGAGAAGGUUCGAUAAAAUGUGCUGCGGAAAGUUGCAGUUUUGAUAAUAAUAAAUCAACCGUUCUCAUUUAUCAAAAAUGGACACAGACAUUGAUCUAGAUCCAGAGCUUAUGAACAAGCUAAGCACUAUGGGCACGAGGGACCACGAGGAUCUUGUAGCGCAAUUUCAGAGUGUUGUUGGAAGUCAGAUCAGUCCUGCAGGAUGCGCGUUCUACCUCGACAUGGCGAAUUGGAAUUUACAGAGUGCUUUGUGUGCUUACUAUGACAUAAUCAAUUCAGCUGACACACAUGCUAGUAUGCAGUUAGUUGAGGAUGUAACAAUAAAGGAAGGAGAAGUCAUUUCACCUCAUACUUCAUUUUUGAAGACAUGGAGGAUCCGAAAUACUGGAAAUGAAAGGUGGCCAACUCAACUAAGGCUAGUCUUCACAAAUGGGCACAACUUUGCCAAUAGUACUGUAAUUCCAGUUCAUCCAAUUGAUCCUGGAACAACAACUGAUUUAACAAUACCAAUGAUGUCACCGAUGGAUACUGGAUGUUUCAGAGGACAAUGGAGAUUAGCUGACAUUUCAAAUAAUUUCUUUGGAGACCCAUUAUAUGUUAUUAUAAACGUGGAGCACGAGUUAGUGUUCAAUCUAACACAGCAAAUGUCUGCUCUCGGCCACCAACAUCCGACACUGAUGGACAGUAGCAGCGUUUCUGGUACUUUGCCUACAAGAGCUCAACCGAUCGCAACACCACAGAGGGGCCUACCCACAGUUACACCGUACUGCUCUCCAACUGGUUAUGGAAUAUUUGGCGGAUCUCCAAUCUCUUCAUCGUUUCGUGGCACCUCUCUCCCAACAAUCGACGAAAGCGCAAGAGCCCAGUUACAAGAUAUGACUGUAGAUGACCGACUUCAUAGCAAUGAAUACGACACAAUUCAUGAAAGGGAGAGCUGAUGUAGUUAUUCCUAGCGUCUUCCAAUUUAGCGAGUGUUUAUGUUUCAUAUUGAGCUCUUUUAGAAAUUAAUGGCAUGUUUCAACCGUGAAAUAUGCUAAAUUAACAAUGUCUGUCGUGUUAAUUGUUUCUCAUUUGGUAGAUUCAUCGAGAGAGAGAGAGGGAGAGUAGAGGCAAGUGACUUACCAUUGGGUUUCUAUUCGCUUCGUGCGCUCACGAUGCUAGUUAAGGUGCAUGUCACUAUGUACUCACGAUGCUAGUUAAGGUGCAUGUUUCUAUUCAAGGUGGCUUUUUCCUACCAGGGUAGAUCUAACAACAUAAACUGUUAAUUUUUAUCUUCUAUAUUAUUUCUUACAUAAGAUGCAAUUGACGGGUGAAUUAUAGUUAAUUUCUUCAACUACCUAGAUCUUCUUUUUGACGGAAAUAGAUUUUUCACGUGACAAUCUAUUAUUGCCAUUCCUUAUCACACUGAUUCAGUCGCACCUUCUAAACAGAUUAUCAUAAAAUAUUUUUAAUGGUAUGAUUUGUGUUUUUUAAGCACGGGGUCAUCUACAUAAUACGCAAAGAAAUAACAUAUUUCGAGCCCACACCUGGCCCGUUCUUGUUCCAAAAUUUGUACAUCCCUCAACCCCCUCCAUCUACCUCAUAAUUCUGACAGGUUCUCCCAAAGUCGAUCCUGACUCACCUGCCAUCCUCCUCGACACCCACUCUCCCUGGACCCCCCCCCCCCCAUUCACGUACAAACCAUCCCAAUAUCUGAUGUAACCAUAUUAGCCCAAUAAAUGCAUAGCUCUAUUGAUCUUUGUGUUCGCUUAUAUCCUAGAAUGCAUAAUUUCACAGUUUAUGGAUAGGCGAUAAAUCGAUAAUUAAACCUUCCUCCUAAAAAGCAUUCUCUGUGCUAUCUCUUGCAACAUAUCGUACGCGCGUUUCGUAGCCCCGUGACAGAGAUAUUUCGUUAAGAACCCACCACUGAUCAUAACUGUGACGACGUAAUAUGUAAAUGGCCCUUUGGGUAAUCAAAAUGUUAACCCAAUUAUUGUAGAGAAUUCGGUGAUUGUGUCUGUAUCAUUUUCACUAAAUAUAGCAUGCUAUCGUUUUUUCGCGAUCUGAUUCUGCUGUGAAAAUAAUUCAGAAUAUCGAAUCCUGUUGGAUAUUCCGUGAGUCAAAUGACGAAGUAUGUUCUCAAAUAGAACCAGCACUAACAAGGGUUGUCUUUUAAGGUCUACUUUCCACUGACUCGGUUAAAAAUGAAUGCGGAUAUUAAGGCCAAAUCAAUCUUCUACGGCCAAGAAAUCCUAAUUGGAGAAGACUCGGCGAACUCCGAUUUGAUCUCUUCGAGCCUCUUAUUAGCAUUGAAGAACGUAAUGAGCUGUGCAUGCACAGCGAGCCUUGAUGCGGAGAGGAGGCGAUGAAGAAUUAAAGAAGGACAAAGUGGGGGAAUUGGGUCGCAAAAAUGGUUAAAUGGCAACCCUGUGCUUGGGUGCCUCACACAUUCUAUUACGCAACUCAUUAUUGCACUUGUUGGGUUGACACGUUUCUAAGGAAUUGCCAGCAUCACUCUAGGUAAAAUUGUCGAGCUGUCGGACAUCAAUGCGCUAGUGUACUGGCAGACAAAGAUCCUGAUCCAAAAGCUACCAGUAUGUUUUGCUUCAUGUGAGAGGUCCUUCGCAAAGGGGUACGAUAGUGUAUUAGCUCCAGUUUACGCCAAUUAUCUGAUAAUAAUUUCGCAAUUUUUGAUGAACGAAAUUUCUGUAACAUUUUCUUUUGAUAAAGUCGAUAUUUGCAUUG